AUGGUUGAAGAAGCGUCGGCAUCGGUGGGCGAAACCCUACCCCAAAACGCGCUGGAGACUCAGAGGUCCAACGAGGCCACCAUCACAGAUGGAGCUCAGGGAGGCGCCGAGUCUACUUGCAACAACGACAACGCGGAAGCUUCAGCUGUCACUUCCGAUGGAGAUCGCGAGAAGUCGCUGGAGUUUGCCGACGAGUUGAUGGAGAAGGGUUCCAAGGCCAUCAAAGACUCUGAUUUCGGAGAGGCCACCGAGUGCUUCAGCCGUUCCUUGGAAAUCAGGGUUGCACAUUAUGGCGAACUUGCUCCUCAAUGUGUCAAUGCAUACUAUAAGUAUGGAUGUGCAUUGCUUUACAAAGCUCAAGAGGAGACUGAUCCCUUGGGUGUUGUUCCCAAGAAGGAGGAUGAAUCUCAGCAAGGAUCUGCUAAGGUUGGUUCUGUUAAGAAUGUUGUAAAUGGUGAAUCUUCUACAGCUUCUGCUUCAAGUGAUGCUGAACAGGAUGGUAGUUUGAAUCAUGAGGAGGGAGCAGCUGAUGAGGGUGCUUCUGGUGAAAAAGACCAGGAAGAAGAACAUGAUGAUAGUGAUGUUGAAGACCUGGCUGAAGCAGAUGAAGAUGAGACUGACCUUGAUUUGGCAUGGAAAAUGCUAGAUGUUGCAAGAGCAAUUGUUGAAAAACACUCAGGUGACACAAUGGAGAAGGUGGACAUAUUAUCAGCUUUGGCUGAAGUUGCACUGGAAAGAGAGGACGUUGAAACUUCUCUCAGUGACUACCAGAAAGCACUAUCCAUUUUGGAGCGGUUGGUUGAGCCAGAUAGUCGACGUAUAGCUGAACUAAACUUUCGAAUAUGUUUGUGUUUGGAGAUUGGUUCCAAGCCUGAGGAAGCCAUUCUGUAUUGCCAGAAGGCUAUAUCAAUCUGCAAGUCUCGUGUGCGGCGACUCAUGCUCGAAUCAAGGAGUUUCUCAGAAUCUACGACCUCGUCGGCUGCUUCUGUAUUGGAGCAGGGUGUCACGCUCUCCUCAACUGUGACCGAGUCUGAUAGUACUGUGACAGAUAAGCAGGCAGAGAUUGAAACACUAACUGGACUCUCUGGAGAUCUGGAAAAGAAGCUUGAAGAUCUGCAACAACUGGCCUCAAACCCAAAAUCCAUUCUUGCUGAAAUUCUGGGAUUGGCGUCUGCCAAGGCAAAAGGCACUGAGAAGAGUGAAUCCUCAGCAGGGCAGAGCUCUUCACGGAUGGGAGCUGCUGACAACAUUGGAGGCUUUGACUCCCCAACUGUUUCUACUGCUCAUACGAAUGGAACUUCUGGAGUCACACAUCUCGGUGUGGUAGGAAGAGGAGUAAAGCGAGUAUUGAUGCACUCGGGCACUGCGGAAUCAAGCUCAGCGAAGAAACCUGCUUUGGAUUCAUCUGAAGAUAAGGGAGAGGGCAACACAUGA